AUGGUAUAUCAAACUGUGUUAAAUUGUUCCGAAUUGGUUAUCAUUAUCUAUGAACAAUUACCUACACCAACUGAUAAAAUGAACUUUAUGUUAACAUGUAAAACUAUUUAUAAUACUGUAAAAAAUAAAUUAUUACUACCACAAGAAUCUGUACUUAAUCGAACAAUUUUUGAUGAUGAAGCAAUAUUAAUAGAAUUUACAAAAAUAACACUUCAUACUGAAUAUUUAGAAAUAUCACCUGGUCCCAGAGAACAUCUUGACGACAAAUUAAUUGAUGUUAUAAAUAAAAAAAUUAAAAAUAACAUAAAGCAUAUUAGAAAAUUAUAUAUAAACCCAAUUCAUGAAAACUGGAAUCUGGUAAUUGAAAAGUUUAACAUUUUUGAAAAUAUAAAGUAUCUCAAAAUUGCUUGGACUUCACCACCAAGAAAUUUACAUUUUUUCAAACACUUAAAUUCACUUAAACCAAUUAAUAUAUUUUGUGACUGCCAAGAAACUAUUUCCUAUAGGAAAGAAAUUGAAAGCAAUAAAAGUUGGUCAUUUCCUAAAAGUAUGAAAAAUUUAACCAUAAAAUGUAAAAGUAAAAGUUGGAUAAAAAUUUUAUUAAAAGGAUUAACAAAUUUUCAAAAUGAAGAACUUGAAACAUUGGAAAUUAUUCAUCUAUCAAAUUUUAUAUAUAACUUUUCAAAUCACUGGAAUGAAUUUAUUACAUUAGUAAAUUAUUUUAAAAAAAUUAAUAUCAUUUCUGAUUUUGCUAUAUAUGGUAGGCAAUUUUAUAGUUUUUUAAAUCAUCUUGUUUCUAUUGAAAUUGCUAAAAAAUGUCAUUUAAAUUUAAAAGUUUCAAUUGACUCAUCUUUUUGGUAUGAAAUUACUUGGGAAGUAUGUGAUAAAAUUAAACUUUUAUGUAUUUUUAAUGUUAUUGAGAAAGUCAAUUUAGAAAGAUUAGAUGAAAAUGAUAUCAAUGUAAUAUAUAAUACUUUAUAUAAAAUGCAAAAAUUAGAAACAUUAAUGUUUAGAUUUACUAUGGUUGAUUUAGGUGUAGAAUUUGAAACAUUUGUUUACAAUAUAACUAAAAAUUUAAAAAAUAUUCAAAUAACAGAUUGUAAAAGGAUGAAUAUUAUUAAUUUACAUGAAAUAUCAAGAAAUCUUAAAAAUUUAGAAAUUGUAUCAUUAUAUGGAAUAGAAUCAGAUGACAUAACAUUAGAUAGAAUUUUAGAAAUGUUUUCUAAUGUUAAAGUUUUAGAAAUAUUUUUUAAAAAAUCAUUUAAAAAAUCAAAAAUUCUUGAAUUUUUGAAAGGUAAAAGAUCAGAUGAUGGUCAUUAUAAAUUUAUAUGGCCAAAGACAGUAUGUUUAAAUAUUUUUACAUUUUAUCCAAAAAAGUCAGAAUUAAGUGAAUUAUAUAAAAUUGAAAAAGAAAUACCACGAAAAUGUGGGCAACUUUUAUUUGAUAGUGAUAAAUUAUAUUUUGAAACAGUAACAGAAACAAAUAUCUUUAGAACAACAUUACAAAAAUGUUCAGGAUGUUAUAAUUAUUUAAAAACAUUUAGAAAUAACAUCUUUAAAAUCACAUCAAAAACAGGAUUAUAUGAAGAUAAAUUGUUUGAAAUUUAA